AUGGAGAAGCCGCCGCCUCCCCCACUCUUCUUCUUCUUCUUCAAGAGAUCGGAAACUUCUCCCUGCAUCUUAACCUUGUUCCUCCUCCUUCUCUUCUCCUUCUUCCUCAUCCUCCUCCACUGGCUCACUCCCUUCCAGCCUCUUCUUUUCCUCCGCGUCGCCGGCGGGAGUGCUUAUGGCGAACGACCGCCCUCCGGCGCAGCCUGCGACUAUAGCUCCGGCCGGUGGGUCUGGGACGGGACCCGCCAGGACGAGUGUUAUUCCGAGGACUGUCCCUUCCUCGACCCCGGCUUCCGGUGCCGGCAUAAUGGCCGCCCCGAUUCCGGCUAUCUUUACUGGCGGUGGCAGCCCCAUGGCUGCGAUCUCCCCAAAUUUAACGCGUCGGAGUUGCUGGAGAGGAGCAGGAACGGGAAGAUAAUCUUCGUCGGCGAUUCGAUCGGGCGAAACCAAUGGGAGUCGCUCGUGUGCCUGCUGGCCAAAGCGGCGGUCAACCAAUCGAGCAUCUACGAGAAGUACGGCAGCCCCAUAACGAAGCACAAGGGCUUCCUCUCCAUCGUCUUCCGCGACCACAACCUCACGGUGGAGUACUACCGCGCCCCGUUCCUCGCCGCCGUCGGCCGGCCGCCUCCGGCCUCCCCGAGCCAGGUCCGGAGCGCCAUCCACCUCGACGCGCUCAACUGGCAGUCCAAGCGCUGGGUGGACGCUGACGUGCUGGUCCUCAACACCGGCCAUUGGUGGAACCAAAAGAAGACCACCGGAUCGGGAAUGUAUUUUCAGGUCGGCGGAGGCAUAAACAUGACCAUGGAUGCCCAGGAAGCAUUUCGCCGGACGAUCGAUACGCUGAAGCUAUGGACUUUAAACAAACUGCAAAGGGGUUCUGUUUUCUUCAGGAGCCACUCUCCGAUUCAUUUCAGCAACGGGACGUGGGAUGAGGGAGGGACAUGCUCGGCCUACACGGAGCCGGAAAGGAGUUCCUCUGCGUCCGGGCCGGAGCCAUGGAACAACUGGAUCAUCGGCGAGGCGGUGGAGUGGAUGAAGAGUGGCGGGAAGAAGGCGCAUGUUCUGAACAUUACGCACCUCACGGAGCUCAGAAGGGAUGGCCACCCGUCGAAGCAUCGGGAACCUGGGACGCCGGCGAACUCUCCCGAGGACUGCAGCCACUGGUGCCUGCCGGGAGUUCCGGACACGUGGAAUCAUCUGCUCUAUGCUCAUCUUCUUUCCAUGAAUUACGAUACCAGGAAAAACGUUUGA